CGUAUGGGGGUUAGUGAUCAGGAGACAGUAUAAAGCAGAGUGAACACAAGAUUCAUGCUCACUAAUAACAAGAUAAGGAGAAGCUGCAAACGAUACAACUUCACCGCAAGGAGCUUGCAUUUUAUUUUUUUAAGUAAAACUUACAUAGAAAAAAAUGGUCACCGGUUAUUUCUUCAUCGAAUAUUCGUGUAAAUAAGAUCAUCGAAAAGGACUGUGUUACCGGAACGAAAUUGUGCUAGUGUGAAAAGUGUUGUUUCUGAUUGUUAUUCAAGUGUUUAGUUAUUGUUUGUGAAAGAUCAUCGAAUUGUUACACCGACCCGGACCUUACCAUCAAGGAGACGAGAAAAGGAAAGCAGCGAAAAGUAAACGAAUCAGGUCACAACCAUGAAAUUUCCAAUUCCUCUACAUCAAUAUAAAAAAUGCAUAAUACUAUUUAUGCUGGGUAUUACCUGCAGUGCCUUGGGUUACAUACUCUACAUAAUUAAUCCAGUGAAGACAAUAUUGGAACACAAAUUGCAAAUGGCACCAAAUACGCUGCUUUUUGAAUUAUGGAAAAAGCCCCCCAUCAACGUCUACCUCAAAGUAUACAUAUUCAACAUCACCAACGCGGAACAGUUCCUCAGGGGUGAGGAAAAAUUAACCGUGGAAGAAGUCGGUCCCUACGUCUAUCAAGAAAUAUUAGAGAAUCAAAAUGUCACGUGGCACGAAAAUAAUACAAUUUCGUAUAAGCCAAAAAGAACGAUAGUGUACAUUCCAGAAAUGUCAAACGGUGACCCAGAAAAAGAUAUAGUGCACGUUCCAAAUAUACCAAUGCUGGGUAUCUCGUCGACCCUACACGAUGCUGCAUUCUUUGUCAAAUUCCCUUGGACUAGUUUGGUGAACAUGCUAAAUAGUAAAUCGAUCUUGAAUAUAACCGUGUACGAUUAUCUAUGGGGUUACGAGGAUCCUCUUGUCCGUUUGGCGAGUAACAUCGUGCCAAGUUUCAUCAACUUCGGGAGGUUUGGAUUACUCGAUAGGAUGUACGACGAAGGAGACAAUACCGUGUUCAUGAACAUCGCGAAGAAUGAGAAUAUGACCGACGAGGAUGGACGUUAUUUGAGCGUCGAAAGCUACAACGGUAGCCCCGGGAUGCCGCAAUGGGGUUACCAUGAAGAAGAAGGAAACGAGACUUAUCCGGGGAAUACGAUUUGUAACCGUGUCAAGGGAACAACCGAAGGAGAAUUAUUCCCAGCUAAUUUAGACGAACACGCUACAUUCAGAGUGUACAGGAAAGCUUUCUGCAGAGCUAUACCGAUUGUGUUUAAGGAAAAAGUAUGGGUCGAAAAUGGUCUCGAAGGAUACUUGUACACCGUGGCAAGUGACUUCUUGGAUCCGCCAGAUUUAAAUCCGGUUAACGAGUGCUACUGCCGGAACCGUAAAUGUUUGAAGAGAGGAUUGUCUGACAUGACACCUUGUUAUUACAGUAUCCCAGCAGCAAUGUCCAUGCCACAUUUCCUCGAUGCUGACCCCAGUUUGUUAGAUAACGUUAUAGGACUUCAUCCAGAUCCAGAAAUCCACAGCGCAAAGAUCAUUCUGCAACCGGAGAUCGGAAUCCCGAUAAAAGUUAACUCGAGAAUACAGAUCAACCUUGUUAUGGCCCAAGCGGCCUACAGUUCCAGAAUCUCGGCCUUCAACGGGUUAACGGUCCCAUUAUUCUGGAGCGAUCUGUAUAUACCCUCGAUACCGGACGACCUCCUCUUCCUCUUGAAAAUGGUGCUUUACGUACUUCCGAUAGUCCAGACGGUGAUAAUUUGGUUGCUGGCCAUCGGGGGAGCGACGAUGAUCAUAUUAUCAGUACCAGCCAUGUUGUGGACCAUCAAUCAGCAACAAGUACCUCUUCAGGUAGAACGAAGGGAUAGCUGCGAUUUAAGGAUACCGUUGAAUUAUGGUCAAUACACAACGAUGCGUAUCUUGCCGGCUAUUAAAAAGAUCACGUCAAAAACGGACUUGUUUAGUUAACCAAACACACCUCUAAAGUAUUUACGAAGCAUGAAACGAAAGACACUUGGAUUAAUAAAAGAACGAUUUUCUUAUUUAAAUAAUUAAUGUAUUCGUUGCUCUUUUUUCUCGUUAGAAAAAAAAAUGUAGCGGAUACGGUUGCGUACUUAAACCGACUUGUAAAGUAUUCUGCGUUGCAGUACACAUUCCGGGUUUCAAGCUAAAAAUAUUUAUCAAUCGAUAUUAUUCUCUGUCAAAACGUUAUUACGAUGUACUUUCACUUUUAUUCUCCCUUACUCCGAUUAAUUUCUUUAGAAUAUCGUUCUUUUAAUUUUUAUUCUGUUUCGUUUCGUUGCUUCUUAAUGUAAUACUACAAUUUAAUAUCUAAUUGAUAUAAAUUUUUUUACGAAUUUAUUCUAUGCUCCAUCGAUCGUAUCUGCCGAGUGAUGGCACUGGAGCAGCUCAAAGUAUUUUAUCGAAGUGAAUUAUCAUUAAAAUAAGUUUGAAUAAAAACGUUAUGAACGGUUUAUUAUAUAAAUUUAAUGAAAUGCGUACUAAGUAAAGUUGUAAUACAAUAAUUAUGAUAUUAAUUAUAAUAACCACUGAUACCAGCCUAUCGAAAAUCAAUGAUGAAUGAAUAUUGUCGUCUAAUGUAUGUACACGAAUAAAUGUGUAUAACGUA